UGGAACCUGCAAUUGCUCUGCCCUCAUUCGAUUCUGAAGCAAGAUCAGUCCUACUCAGUCCGUCGCGACCAGAAGUUAAUAGAUGUAAUGGAGAACAUGCAGUAUGCUGAAGAACUUGUGAGGGAAUUUAUUGUUUUCAGGGGUUUUACUAAUACUCUCCAAGUCUUUGAAAGAGAAUUAGCAACUGAUGUUGGUAGAAGCUUUCAAGUGGAUAAAAUCAUAGAACUAGUUUUCUCUGUUUACGUUCCCAAAUAUCAAGCUGACAAAUUAGUCAGUUUGCUGAGCUUUUUCAAACAAUGUUUUUCGUCGUCAUCGGAUAUGGGUUUUAUAUCCAUGCUGUCAAAGCUUGAGUUGUCAAUCCUGCGUUAUUAUAUUGUUCAUGCUCUGCAAACUGGAAGACAAGACAAAGUAGUGGAGUUUUUUGCUGAGAAUGGGAAUUAUCUAUUGCAGAGGCGUGAAGAAUGGCUACCAUGGUUUGCUAUUCCCUAUCUUAAGAGCCCAAGUUUGGAUCCUCAGUUUCGAGUUUAUUUUUCAAAGGACUGGUUUGAUGCCUUGCAACUUUCAUUUCACAACAUCUUAAGUGAGUUAUUCAAUGGGACUCGUAUCCCUGCUUUAUUAAAGAUAAGCACAGAAAAGAAUACGAUCAAGCGUCUUGAAACUGAUAUAAAGCAACUAAACCAGAAGCUAUCACAACUUCAGGCUUUGUUAGAGACAAAGGAAUCUGAGAUUUUAAGAUUGAGAAGUAUUGCUGCAAAUGUGCCUGAGAUAUGCAAUCUUCAAGAGAGAAACUUUAUUGAUAGUCCAUCACAUGCGACCACAUUGAAGGAUAUUGAUAAUAAUCUCUUAAGAGAGGGCUGUCAUGAAACUACUACCUCUAAUGAUCCCCAUAUUGGGGUAAGGAAUUUUGCAAAUGGAGGGGACUCCUUAAUCUCUGCUAACACUUCUCAGGAUCUGGCAGUUUCAAAAUCGAAUGUUUCUUCGAUGUCCGUGAAUAGACUGUCUUCUAUAGAUGUUGAAACACAGGACUCUUCGCAGAUGCCUGUUUCAGAAAUCAGGCAAGAAGUAUUGAAGGAAGAUGAGCUCCCCGAAGUUUCAGUUGAGUUUCAGGAAACUUUUCUGGGGCAUACAAAUCCAAUUUGUAGGUGUCGCUUUUCUGCUUCUGGUACUAAUGUUGCUAGUGCUUCUGUAGAUGGCACAGUUAGGAUUUGGACUUAUGGAUCAUCCACACCAGCAUCAAAAAAUGCAACUAUAUACUGUGGGGCUGAGAUAAUGUCACUUGAAUGGGAAUGCCGGUCUGACCGUUUGCUACUCAUUGGGACAGCUGAUGGAGGUAUCAAAGUCUGGAAUGUUGAUGCUAAGAGAGUUGUCUGUGAUCUAAAUACCACUCAAGAAUUCCCAAGUGUCAUCGAUCUGAAGUGUAGUCCCGUGGAACCAAUUUUUGUCUCAGCUGCUGCAUCUAGGAGGCAUGGUUUUAGUAGAAUUGAUCAAAUGGGCUUUGCUUCUUUGACUGUUUGGAACAUGAAAACUUGGAAAGCCAUGGUAGAAAUACUUUACGAAGCUACGCUACCUCUUGGCAAAGAUCCACCAGCAAUCACUUCACUAAGCUUCAAUCACAAUGGAAAGAUUUUAGCAGCUUCUGCUACUGAUGGAAUGAUUCACAUGUUUGAUAUGUCUGCUUGUCUACAAAUCACUGGAUGGCCAGCUCAUGAUUCAGCUGUGAGCUCAGUUCUAUUUGGACCCGAUGAGACGAGCAUAUUUAGCUUGGGUUCUGAUGGCAAGAUCUUUGAAUGGAGCCUGCAGAACCAAGGCCAAGUUCUUUGGUCCAGAGAUUGCAGCAGGUUUUGCUAUCCUGAGAGUGAGAAGAUAUGCAGGCAUGAAAUUGCUUUGGAUUCAAAUGGAAGGAGAUUGCUAGUUACAUCAGGCUCAGUUAGGUCCCCCAUUUACCAGGUGAGAGAUCAAACGAGGGACUUUAAGACGCUUCCUCAUACUGCAGCAAUAACUAGCGUUGAUUGGCAUCCUACACUUCCCAUCUUCAUAACCGGCUCUGCCGAUCAUUCUGUUAGAGUUACUUCAGUUCUAUAGUGAUAGUGAUAUUAUUUGUGUCUGACUGUAUUUGGGGUACAAAUUUUAUCCCAAUUCUUUUGUUUGGUA